GCAGCAGCCACCAGGCACGAGCCGUGGUCCUCCCGCUCGCCUCGUCCGCGUCGGCGUCGGACGCCCACCCCCCGCAUCCAGCUUCCGCCGUCGGCCCUGCGAGGUCCGAGGUCCGACUCCGGCUCCGAGGCUCCCCGUCGCUGGCUCUCUGCCCCUUGCCCGCCAGUGCCAGGUCGCCGGUCACCCGGCUCCCGCCCCCCGGCUGGCCGGCCUCGCUCAGGCGCCCAGCGGCCUAGGCCAGGCCGCCAGUUGCCCAGGCCAGGUCGUCGGAUGCCUGGCUAGUAGAAUUGAUCCCCGCCCAGACGGCAUCGGCAACGACGAGGGAAACGCCAGUGGCGGCGGACAUUGCGCGCGCUAGCUUUUCGACGUUUUGACGCAGAGGAGGUUUGUUUCGUUUGAAAGCGCACCGGGCACCUGCUGGUCCUGCUCCGCUCCUGCGCCGCUUGGGUUUCGGAAUCCGGCUUGUGCCAUAGCGUGCAUAUCACGCGAAACGCACAAGGAAGAACCCUAUACAGCUCGAGAAGGCCGGAGCCCUGGCCACCUAGGGCCACCUCCCUGGCGACCGGGCCGCGGCGACGGGGACGACCGCGAUGGGCUUCGAGCGUGUGGAGCUGCGGUGUCCCAGGGAACUGGACCCGCGCCCGAGCUGGACGCUCGGCGAUGUGCUUGGCGAGCUUGACGCGCUGGACGCCACCCACCGCGCUGCGCCGCCCACGCCCCUGAAGCAGCCGCCGGAUUGGGCUAACGGCGGCGGUGCGAGGGAGAAGGCCUUUGUGAUGCGGGUUGAAGAUGAUGAUGAAGACGACACAGAAGAUGAAGACGAUGGUACCAGUCAUGGGAAGUCCUGGGCUCUUGUGGCCAAAGGAGCCAGGUUCUCGUGUAAUGAUCUCGAAUCAAGUGAUUCAGAGGAUGAAUUAGAUGGCCAGGUUGCCCCAUACCGCUUAAUGGAGAAAAGGGACCUAGCGAAGAGCAUUCUUCUUGAGCUGGAGCGCGAGCAUCAUCUAAAAGUUCAAGAAGAAGUUAGAAAUAAGUUAGCUUCAUUGGAGGUAUGCCACCAAAAUGAAAUUCAGAGAACAAUUUCUGCAUUCGCACGACUUCAGAAAUAUGCAGAAUCAAGAAAAGAGAUAGACAGAAGACUCGAUGUACACUUCCAGAGAAGAAUUGCAGAAGUGCUCGAUAAACACUUAUCUAUGGUCCAAAGGGAUCAUGAACAAAAAUCCCAGAUUGUUGAACGUCGAAUCAGAGAUGAUGCAGCUCUUGAAGAAGCUAAAAGAAAAGAGCAAGCUGUCAAGGAAGAAAAGUUAAGGCAGGAAAGAGCUCGGCAAGAAGCAGAGGCUAGGCAGAAGGAAGCUGCAAAAUUAGCAGCUGAAGCACGGAAAACAGCAUUUGAGGCUGCUAAAAAGGAAGCAGCAGAAAAGGAAGCAGCGGAAAAGGAGGCUGCUAAAUUGAGAGAUGCAGCAGCUUCCCAAUCUAGUCCAAAUUCCCAGAAUAAUAUUGCAGGUAUCAAAGUUUAUGCUGAUAAAUAUGCAUUAGAAGCAGAGUCACGGAGGCGUGCAUUAGUACAGAAUCAAGUGCCGGAAAACAUUCAUCUCAGCAAGGAAUUCAGCAAAUAUGACCGACAAAUUGCCAAAUCCAUAAGUAAACUUAUGCCAACUACUGAUAGUGUCAGAGCAAGGGCCAGUGAGCUUAUUAAAGCUUUAGAUGGACAGGAUUGUCCCCGUCCAAUCUCUUGUUAUCUAUUUGCAAACAAGAUUAUUUCAAUUGUCAAGAGUAGAAAUACAAAGGACAAAACUUUUGGGAAUUUGGCCUUUGCAUGUGGAUAUGUCAUGCUCUUAGUCACAAACCAGGUGCCAGACGCAAUGGAUUAUCUUUUAGCUGAAUUCAACAGAGUUUGCAUAUACACAGUUCCAAAGCAUCUGCAUGCUUUAAAUGCACAAGCACGAACUAGAGAUUAUUACAAACUGAUAGGUUACGAGGAAGAAAAUGAACAACUCGAGAGCACUGAAAGUUAUCUAACAUACGUCGUUGCAUACGUCAAACUGUAUGCGGCAAUGAUUCAGACGGAAAUCAAAGGUGUACGUCAUCCUCAUGGCUUAGCUGAGGGAUGGAAAUGGCUCGCCAUGUUCCUCAAUUCUCUCCCAGCUACUACAGCCACUGCCUGUGCCCUUCACGCUUUCCUAAAGAUGGCUGGUUUUGCACUUCACAAGAAAUAUGGAUCACAGUUCAUGAAGAUCCUGGAUGUAAUAUCACGGUGCUUUUUACCAGCUUUGAAAGAACAAGGCAACAAGAUGCAGGCUGAGGCUGUCAACAAUCUACAGAAUUAUCUGAACGACAAGAUCUACCUGGAGGAACCAGAAGGGCAGUACCUCGUCCAGCAACUACUAUCCAAGGAGUUGUUCAUGUAAAGAUCAAAACACCAGAUUGGCAUGAGCCAUCAUGUUUGAUCGGCUAAACGGCGGUACCUCGUCCAAGCUACCACUAUCGAAAGAGCGGGCUCACGUAGAGAUCAAAACACCAGAUCGGCAUGGAGCUGUUCGUGUUUCAGAAACACAGUCGAGACUUGCAGAUCAUUUUUCUCCCAGAUCAUUUUUCUCUCUGGAUGUGGCGUGCAAGGAAAUCAGCACCAAAUCUCACGAGCAUUAUUUAUGGAUAGUCUCCCAGAUCAUUUUUCUCCCCUUCUGCACGGAACCUGACGCUGUAUUUGGUUAUAUAUGUGGCAGUGUUUCCGGAAAAGAACAUAUAGGAUACGUUGAGAGGUUUCACCAUUUGUUGUACUAUGGCAAUGUAUUCGGAAAGGAACAUAGGAUAGGUUGAGGUUUCGCCAUUGCCCAUUUGUUGUACUAUAUGUCUGUACUCUGUACCUUAUAUCGUGGCCAACUCUGGUGACCUGUAUGGAGACCAAAUUUUUAAGAAACGGGUUUAGUUUUUUUUUU